AUGACUCAGUAUAACCAUUCAGCAGAGCUCUCUCUGCAGAGUUCAGCAAACAGGUCACUGAAUUUUACUGACCCCUCACUGGCUCUGGAGGAUGGAACGCUGCUAGGGAUGAAGAUUUCACUGUCAGUCCUUCUGUCCAUUAUAACUUUGGCAACCAUCCUUGCAAAUGUUUUUGUUGUCAUUACAAUUUUUCUGACUAGAAAGCUCCACACACCUGCAAAUUACCUCAUUGGCUCCUUGGCAGUGACUGAUCUCUUGGUGUCUGUCCUAGUGAUGCCCAUCAGCAUUGCUUACACAGUCACCCACACAUGGGCCUUUGGCCAAGUGCUCUGUGAUAUCUGGUUAUCAUCAGACAUCACAUGCUGCACAGCCUCCAUCCUGCACCUCUGUGUCAUUGCUCUGGACAGGUACUGGGCUAUCACAGACGCUCUGGAAUACGCCAAACGCCGGACCGCUGGCCGAGCCGCGCUCAUGAUUGCUGUGGUGUGGAUGAUCUCCAUCAGCAUUUCUGUGCCACCCUUCUUCUGGAGGCAAGUGAAAGCUCAUGAAGAAAUUGCAAAGUGUACUGUCAACACAGAUCAAAUUUCCUACACAAUUUAUUCAACCUGUGGAGCUUUCUACAUCCCAACUGUGCUCCUCCUGAUACUGUAUGGUAGAAUUUAUGCAGCAGCUCGAUCCAGGAUUCUGAGGCCACCCUCAUUAUAUGGAAAACGUUUUACUACUGCACACCUGAUUACUGGCUCCGCUGGGUCUUCCCUCUGCUCCAUUAAUGCCAGCCUUCAUGAAGGGCAUUCCCACUCAGGUGGAUCCCCAAUAUUUAUCAAUCAUGUUAAAAUAAAACUUGCAGAUAGUGUCCUGGAAAGGAAAAGAAUUUCGGCUGCAAGGGAGAGGAAAGCCACCAAAACUUUAGGCAUUAUUCUGGGAGCUUUCAUUUUCUGCUGGCUGCCCUUUUUUGUCAUGUCCCUAGUCCUACCAAUCUGCCAAGAUGCUUGUUGGUUUCAUCCCAUCCUACUGGACUUUUUUACGUGGUUAGGUUACUUAAAUUCAUUGAUCAAUCCAGUCAUUUAUACAGCUUUUAAUGAAGAAUUUAAGCAGGCUUUCCAUAAACUAAUAUGUCUCAAAAAGCGUUCAACUUGA